UAGUUCCACACGAAGAAAAAGUUUACUUCCGCCUCCCAACAGGUACGUCACUUCCUUUCUGUUCGAGCCUACCUCGAAGUGAACACGCGUUCUCCUGCCUAGCUCAAAAUGCGUUACGUUGCUGCUUACCUUCUCUCUGCCCUGGGUGGCAAUGAAAACCCUGAGGCCAAAGACAUCAAGAAGAUUCUGGAGAGUGUUGGCAUUGAGGCCGACGACACACGUAUGACCAAGGUCAUCUCGGAGCUUAAAGGCAAGAAUGUGAAUGAUGUGAUUGCCAGUGGUUACAGUAAACUCGCCAGCAUGCCAGCAGGGGGCGCUGUGGCUGUUGCUAGCUCUGCAGGUGCUGGCUCAGGUGGUGCUGCUGCUCCUGCUGCAGCUGCUGAGGAGAAGAAGGAAGAGAAGAAAGAGGAGUCUGAGGAGUCUGAUGACGACAUGGGAUUUGGCCUCUUUGACUAAACACUUUCAGUUUAUAAAUAAAAUUUUUAAAAAUA